AUGGUGCACUCGAACCACGAUCCACAGGCGCGGCCCGGGGAUCUGCCUCGGAAGAAGAUCCGAAAGGGGACCCGCAGUUGCUGGCAAUGCAAACAUCGGAAAGUCCGCUGCAUCUUUGCGUCUGAUAGCGACCAGAACUGCAAAGAAUGUCUCGCCCGGGGACUUCCAUGUCGCAGCCAAGAAUUGCCGGAGCCUGAGAAUCCCCGCGAGUCGGACCGCGCAUAUGUGAACGAGCGGAUGGCUCGAAUGGAGAACCUACUGGAGAAACUUCUGAUACGAGUCGACGGUGGGAGCCAUCAACAGCGUGACUCGAGAUCGCCCAUAGAUACAGCAGAAACCAGUCCAGGAUCGAAACCCCCGCCCGUGACACCAGCUCCUGACAAUGCUCCAGUUUUCUCUCUUUUUGACAACGAAUCGCUAGGUUUCAAACGACCAGAGACCGUCGAGUCCGAUUUUACACCAUAUGGUGCGAUCAACCGGGACUGGGGAAGGUUGCGCCGCAAUCUAAUGGCCUUGAUACCCACCCAUAAGACAUUGAAAAUUAUAUCAGAGGCUAGCAGUACCUGGUGGCUUAUGCGCGUGCAAUUGUUCGAAGACUACAAUGAAUCAUUGCUUUCGUCCUCGGAGAAAGAGCUUUCGACUAGUCACCCAACUGUGGUAGGUAAGGCCAUCUUGUGGAUUGCAGUGUGUCUCCAACAACUCCCUUCAGGGUUUGAUUCGUCCUCUCUCAAUCUUCCCUGCCUCCCAGCGGCCCUAGUCGAAGAAUGCAUCAUCCGUGUUUCCACGCUCGUCUGCUCUGACGACUCCAUUGUCAGUUGUAUCGACGGGCUCGAGUGCUUGGUUCUGCAAGGGUUGCUCUUCGGCAAUAACGGAAAGCUACGAAGCGCAUGGCUUUCCUAUCGUCGGGCCGCAAGUAUCGCUCAGCUAAUCGGGUUCCACCGUGCUGAACCAGCUCCCAACGAAAGCGCGAAGUUCCAACAUCGGGCUACGGCCAUCUGGAGACACAUCCUCUUGGUUGACAGGCAUCUUUCAGUCAUGCUUGGGGUAUAUGGAGCUAUAUCUAAUACGGCAAUAGAUCUAUAUCAAUCCGACCGAAGGGUCCCUCAAGAUCUGCCCGCUCACAAAGCAUGCGCUAUGGAGCGCCUUGCUCGGAUAGCCGGAUCAAUUAUUGAGCGCAAUCAGACCUUUACAGAAGUCACUCCGGCCAUGCUGCAGAUGACACAGAGCAUCGAUUUGGAACUUCAAGCGUUCGAUCCCCCUCCUUUGGCGUCACCCGACAAUGUUCCGCCAGGAAAGUCUACCGAGCGGUCCGCUUGUUUUCUUCAGCUUUACCGUCGGUUAUACUACUACCAGCUCACGGCUUGGCUACACCUGCCUCUUCUACUAGCAUCAGGUACUGACAACUUCUAUGAUUAUAAUCGGCAAACCUGUCUCCAGGCCUGCCGCAACCUCAUCGCCUGCUAUGUCAGUAUCCGACGCACCACUGAAAACGGGUUUGACUGCAAGAUUCUUGAUUUCCAAGCAUUCACCACGGCAAUGACAAUCAUUGUCAAUGCACUCGGGCCAAAUGGCCCACAGGACUUUACCAAAGGAGAUUAUUUCGCUCUCGACCGGGUUGUGGCUGUUCUAGAGCAACUCGCGAAGAGCAUUCCUCCGGACAAGAUUGCAACUCGAGCCUUGCAGGUUUUGAAACUUAUCAAGGCGAUAGGAAUGGGAACCGAACUUCCUCCACUUGACGAAUCAGAAGGACACCAAUAUGAGAAUGGAAGGCCUACUCGCAUCAAGCUUGAUAUUCCCUAUUUCGGCACGAUAUACCUCGAACGUCGUAUCGUCGUUGAUCAAGCAUCGAAACAUAUUUCUGCUGCUACUCCAGCGCUUCCAGCGAUGCCAACGAUGCCAACGAUGCCUAGCACCGUUCCCGGGCAAUACUACGAAUCAUCUUCAUGGAUGGGCACGAUCCCGGACCUCGGUUAUGCAAAUGGCCAUGUUCCGGAAACUGCCCAAUUGGCAAGUAACAACUUGGGCUUUGAUCCGCCUACUGAGUUUUGGGCUCUCAACUCUCAGUUCACGUUUCAGACUCCGUUUUUGGCUGAUUAUGAUGUUAAUUGGGAUUAUUGGGAUACAGGGUUGUGA